AUGUCUGGUUCGCCACAGAGACGCACAAAGCGGAUAAAACCCAGCAGGAACAGUGAAAACAGUCGCUAUCUGGACACGCUUGGGUUUACGGAGCCGCUGGCCCGAGAUAAGGCCGUCUUCAGGUCGGUCAAGCCGUCCACCGAGUCUGUGCCUUUGCAACGGAAGGACCCCAAUAUCUGCUCGUCCACCAACUCAGACAUCCAAUUAAGCAUCAAGACGCCAGAUCGCAAGGGAUCGAAGAUGAACAGCGAGUUACACCAUCCAAGCAGCGACGACAACAUCUUCUGGGCACUCACUCCUAGCAUCAAGAAGAACAAGGACAAUUCCACCACCACCUCUGGCUGUGACAGUUUUGAUCAGGGAGACGUUCUGUCGUCACCCAUCCAUGAGGCGCUGACCGGAAUGCAGCUCUUGGACCCAAAACUUAAGAGUUUACUGGAAAAGUAUGACAUGUCAAACGAUGCAGAGAGAACUCCCAGUCUAGCAAGAUCGGUGUCUGAUCCGCACUCGUUGGUGCACAAGAGCUGUGUUGCGAUUGCAGACACGCCGAUAAUUGCCAAGAAACAGACGUUGAGCGAAAGCAUGCAGCAGAGUAUCAGCAAAUUGAAGGCAUCCAAGAGACUGGUCAAUGGAGCAGGGUUUGGGUCUCCCAGUGAGGCUCCCACACAGAGCGUUUCGCAGAUGCUCACGAUGAUCGGCAAGACUAUCAGGGAGGAGACACAGACAGAGCUACAGGAAGAGUCGCAGCAGCAGUCGGUCGAGGUCGAUUACUUGCUGGACGAUCUAUCUGACGAGUUUAGCGAUGUUGACAUGGAGGAACUUGACCAAUUGUCGAAUCUGAAACGAACCGAGCGCGCGACAGCAGAGCCAGAAGAGAAACAUGAAGACGUGUCAGCGGAGCCUGAAGAGACGGUGGAGGCAGUGGUUGCUGCUAAAUGCACACAGGCAUCCACGUCGUUUGACACUUCUGACGAUUUUAGCGAUAACGGGGACGAGAUUUUUGCUUCGAGCAAAGAUUCCAGCGCGAUUCCUCAAUUCAAAGAUAUGAAGCUGGAGAACGAUAACCAGCAGGCGUUCGAAGUGGUGGAGAACCCGCUGACUGCGGAGAUUCACAACCCCCGGUGUCACCGGUAUCGAAUUACAAAUGUGGUCAAGAGCAAGUAUAAAGGUGGAGAGCAACUGAUUCUGAAAUGCGAGAACGAGGGAUCACAGCCCAAGAACCUUGUUGUGCGAGACCUUUGGACGGAGCUGGAGUACCAAGAAGGUGAUAUUGUCAACGUUAUUGUGGAUAGCGUCAAUCCGCAGCUGAUAGACAAGUCCAACAAUAUGCUUAUAUGGAACCCGGAUAUUCUUUUGUCUGCCACCAUGGUUGCUUCCGCGGUCGAUUGCAAGCGGAAAGCCGUGCUGUCCAACAAGUUGCAGUCGCUAGGAGAACACUCCACUCCAUUGAUCCUUGGAUCAAUUGUGCAUCAACUUUUCCAAGCUUGUUUGAAAGAUAACGUUAUUUCCACAGAAUUCAUCGAUGAAUACCUCGAGGAGCUGCUUGACGAGAACCUUGUCCCUAUAUACAGCAUUGGCAUUGACCGUUCUGAAUUGAAAGGAAUUAUCCUGGGCCACGUUGACUACAUCAAGGAAUGGGUGUCCAAAUUCACCUCUGCUAACACUUAUCGCAACAACGCGCAGAUGAAAGUGUCCAACGUUCUUGAUAUAGAGGAGAAUAUCUGGUCGCCAAUGUUUGGACUGAAAGGUUUGAUUGACGUUGUCAUCGAGGCGUCUUUGAAAGAUGGCAGCAAGGUGGUUGUGCCGAUGGAGAUCAAAACAGGCAAAGACUACAUCUCCAACAGAGCACAAGCUACGUUGUAUACGCUCCUGGUGAGCCAAAGAUACAAUGUGCAGGCCCGAUCGCUGGCACUGGUGUACACGAAAAUGCGCCAGAGCUACUUCGAGGCGUUGAACGCCAACGACUUGCGGAUGCUGGUCAAUAUCCGCAACCACAUUUCGCAUUAUUUAAGAUACGGGGCCAUGGACCUGCCUCCAUUGAAGAAGCAACCAAGUUGCGAGCGCUGUUUCUCUUUGAACGAAUGCAUGACAUACAACAAGUUGAUGGAGAACGGGACGGCGAAGGACAGCGGGAUCGAAGAGGAGCUGUACGAGAGCCUCACUGGCCAUCUGAACAAGCAGGUGUAUCUCGAUUUUUUUAGCCAUUGGAACAAUCUUCUCAGCAAAGAAGAAGGGUUUGUCAACAGUUUCAAGAAAGACCUGUGGUGCUACUCUGCGAGUGUGCGCGAGCAAAAGGGCGGCAAGGCUGCUGGUCAUUUGCAGGUGACCCAUUUCCAGGAGGUGGAAGUAUCCCGGAGCCACACCAAGCGGUAUCUUUACACGUUUGAGCGUGACGACACGGUGCAUCAGUCGCUGACUGCUACGCAACUGUCGAAACACGACAGAGUGAUCGUUUCUGACGAAGAAGGCCAGUUUGGACUGGCGUUCGGGUUUGUGGAGAAUGUCCGGCCAGGAAUUAUUCUGGUGAGCACAGACCGUCGGUUUGUGAACUCCAAUGUCAAGAUGAGCGAUUUUGACGCAAACAGAAAUCAGGUGUUCCAGAGCGUGCUCACCAGCGGCUACAGCCAAGAGCUUCCUGCGAAAACGUACAGAAUCGACAAGGACGAGAUGUUCCAUGGACUGAACUUGGCCAGAUUCAACUUGUUGAAUCUUUUCCUGGCUGAAGGUGACGAAAGAACCAGAAAACUGGUGGUGGAUCUCGAUCCGCCGCGGUUCAGCAAAACCACCACCAUGUCGAGCAACUUCAGCUCAAAGAAGUUCAAUCCGGACCAGUUGCAGGCGUUCGAUAAGGUGCUGCGUACAGAGGACUACUGUCUGGUGCUGGGCAUGCCUGGUACAGGGAAAACUACAGUGACGGCCAGUCUGAUCAAAUGUCUUGUGGAAAAUGGCAAGUCGGUGUUGAUUGCUUCCUAUACACACUCUGCCGUGGACAACAUCCUGGAAAAGCUCGUGGACAUCAUCGACGAGCCAAAGAUCCUAAGAGUCGGAGCGGCCAACAAACUGAGCGAGAAGGUGCGCAAAUACUCGCUCUACUCUAAGGACUCCAUCUACGCCCUGGACUCGGCAGAAGGGUUCCAGAAAGCGUUCUUCGAACCCAACAUCGUGGCCACGACGUGUCUCGGCAUCCAGGACACAGUGUUUAUUCAUAGACAGCACUUUGACUACUGCAUCAUCGACGAGGCGUCGCAGGUGUCCAUGCCGGUGUGUUUGGGCCCGUUGCGGUUCGCAGACAAGUUUGUGCUUGUUGGAGACCAUUUCCAGCUGCCACCGUUGGUGCGAAGCCCAGAGGCCAGAGUCGGUGGCAUGGAUAGGUCGCUGUUCCGCAUUUUGAGCGAAAAGUAUCCAGAAAGCGUUGUGGAACUGACCCACCAGUACCGCAUGAGCGCAGACGUGAUGAUGCUGUCGAACAGUCUGAUCUAUGACGGCCGGCUCAAGUGCGGGUCCCUCCAGGUUGCCAACCAGAUACUUCCUAUCCCGCAAUCAGCACGGUUGGAGGAAUUCUCAAGCACGAUUCCAAAACAUCUCCGGUGGAUGGAUCAUGUAUUCAAGCCUACAAACCGGGUGGUGUUCCUUAGUCAUGACAAUGUGCCUGCACAGGAGGUCGCCAACGGAGAAAAAAUCGAUAACCCUGUGGAAGCGCAACUCAUUCUGCAAAUCAUCAAGUGUCUCGUCUCCAGCGGAGUGGAUGCAUCAUCUAUUGGUGUUAUGUCGUUCUAUCGUGCUCAGCUGAGACAUUUCUAUCGGGGACUUUCUAAUCAUCCAGACAUCGAGGUUCUGACAGCAGAUCAGUUCCAAGGAAGAGACAAGAAUUGUAUCAUUAUCUCGCUGGUGAGAUCCAACGAGAAAAACGUGGCCGGAGACCUGCUGAGAGAGUGGCGGCGGGUGAAUGUGGCGAUGACCCGGGCGAAGUCGAAACUGAUCAUCCUGGGCAGCGAGAAACUCAUGAAAACCAUCCCGCAGUUUGAAGGAUUUAUGAACCUCCUUGAAAACAGACGGUGGGUGUACUCGCUUCCGCCAGACGCAGACGCAGUGUACCAGGAUGCAUUCAAAGAAUUCAUGGCGUCACAGAUGAACUCCAUGCCAUCAUCAAAUCGCUCAGUGAAAAUGAACACUCAAUCCAGAGUGAUCCAGAAAACCAUGGUGCUCAAGAACGUUCUUCAGGAGCUUUCUUGA